GUCUUGUAUAUCUUUCCUUUCAUUCUGGCUGAUACCCUUUUAUCACACAUUAUCGUCAGUAAUAAAGUUAUAAGGUUUAUAAAUCACAAGUCAAUGAUUUCAACCAUUUUAGACUUAUAUACUGUAUACAUUAUAUAUACACAUGAUAUAUAUGUAUAAAUAUGUAUAUAUAUAUUUCUUUUUUCCAUGUACCUUUUGUUUAAAUUCAGUGAACUGGCAUUAUUGCUAUUAUUGGAUGUUUCUGUCGUCGUCAUCAAGUCGAACAAAAACAAAUUUACAUGUUUUUUGAUUGAAUAAAAAGACAAGUUUGAGUCAUCUGUGUGUGUGUGUAGCUGAGAACGGACGUAGCUGCUUCUCACCACAGGGGGCGCUCUCUCUCACACACACACACACGGAACUAAACAAGAAGGUGCAUGUAUAUAACCAGUUAAUCGUUAAUCACUAACGUUAACCAUGACCAGUUAAUGACUAACCUUAACUAUAACCGGUUCCUCAGACAUUUAUACCUCGUACAAUAUAAAUCCUCAACGAUUCCGCUAAAAUAGGUAAGUUAUUAUUAAUAACCCUGAUGUUGUUCUGAUCCCCGCCGUUAUAUUUGAUCUUUAUCCGCUUUAUUUCCGGUUCUCUCUCUCGGACGGGCCGUGUGUGCGUGUGCGCGUGCGUGUGUGUUGUCGCUCAGACAGAGCAACAGUUGUCACGGUGUGUGCGCGGAGAUGAGGCGGCAGCGGCGGCCUGAACUCUGCGGCAGCUGCGCUGCUCCGCGCGGGGCGGGUUAAUCCGCGGGGCCGAGCCGAGGAAGAGGAGCCUGCUGCCGCUCACACACACACACAGACACACACACACACACACACACACACAGAGACACACACACACACGGAGGGAGACAGCGGUGUGUGUGGAGGUGAAUCAGCGGCGGCUCAUGCGUCGAUCAGCGGGGAAACGCACUGUUGCGUCUGCGGAGAGUUGACGCGGCUGCGGAGACACAAGGAGGGACAAACAGUAGAGCCAGGCCGAGAGACAGGCGAGGGGCGCGGGGAGGGGCCACAGCCCGAGCCGGCUCUCCCCUGCUGCUCCACCCAGCGGUGUCGGAUGGGGGGAAAGCAGAGCACGGCGGGCCGGCCCCGCGGCGCUUUUCCCGGCGUGUCCACGGAUGACAGCGCGGUACCACCCUCGUCCCACUUCGGUCACUACCGGCCGAGCGGCACCAUGGGCCUGCGGAGCCGCUCCGUGAGCUCCGUGGCCGGGAUGGGUAUCGAACACAGUCCCGCCGUGCCCUUCGGCUUCUACACCCACAGAGCAACGGACUCAGAGCGGGCAGGUGGAGGAGGGUCAGGGGGCAACAGCACCACCACAGCCGCCCCGCAGCACGGUACCGGCGGUUACCAGGACACCGGAGGAGGAGGAGGAGGAGGAGGAGGGGGGGUAGUGUACCUGGGGUCCCGGGGGUCGCUGGCUGACACUCUGCCCCUCCACAUCACACCCCGCUGGUUCAGCGCACACAGCGGAUUCAAGUGUCCGGUCUGCUCCAAGUCUGUGGCAUCCAAUGAGAUGGAAGUUCACUUCAUCAUGUGUCUAAGCAAGCCCCGCCUCUCCUACAAUGAUGACGUGUUGGUGAAGGAUGCUGGUGAGUGUGUCAUCUGUCUAGAGGAACUGCAGCAGGGAGACACCAUCGCCAGACUGCCGUGCCUCUGCAUCUACCACAAAAGCUGUAUAGACUCCUGGUUUGAGAUAAACCGGUCCUGUCCUGAACACCCGUCUGACUGACUGACCGACCACCAGGUGACUGUGAUCACUGGUCAAGAACCUCUGGUCACAUGGUGGUGCUGUGGACACACGGAUGGCGACGCCCCCAAAACCUGAGGAAACAAUCAAAACAAGGAAGAGAGAAUCCAUCGUCAUUCGUCCACAAGACAAAACAGUGGAGCCGCCAUUUCACAUCUGUAAGCACAUGGGAAAUGGCGGCUCCUUCUGUCCUCUGUCCGUCUUCUGUCCUCUGUGUCCAGGCUUCAUCAGACCUCCAUGCCUCUUCUCUCUCAGCCAUGGACAGCUGAGUCUCUCUGAGGUUCUCAGGUCCGUACACGUGUCUAGCAGCUGGACGUCCAUCUUCAAGCUGGAGUCCAUCCAGUCCAAUCAUCUUAUGGCCUUAACUGAGCACCAGAGAGGACAUGGAGCAGGAAGUGGAGCAGGAAGUGGAGCAGGGAGGAGGGUUGGCAUGGACAAGAAGA